AGUAUUUAUGUAGUCUGUGGCUCGCAGUAAUUUAUUGUCAGAGUUCGGAGAAAUUAGGAGGAAAAAUCAUUGUAUGAAUAUUGUCAAUUUUUGCAAUAUUUUUAUAAUAUUGGUUAAACUGUCAUGGGUUGCGAUGGUGGUACUAUUCCUCGCAGAGACGAGCUCGUUAGAAUAAAAAAGAAACCUGAACAGAAAGACAAACAAGCGGAGCUGGCUUUCAAAUGGAACCAUUGCACGAUACGACAAUUGCCACUGCAACCACCAAUUGUGGGUUGCACUUUGGGUCGUUUAUAUAGUAAAGAGUCUGUAUUAGAGGGUCUUUUGGAUCGCAAUACCCUUCCAGAAUCAGCUGUACAUAUUAAAAAUUUGAAAGAUGUAAGGAACUUGAAUUUGACCCCAAACCCAGCAUUUGAGAGUAAUAAAGCUGAGAAAGGAGAUGGUUAUACAGAUGGAGGCAAAAGUCCAUACAUUUGUCCCGUUAUUGGUUUGGAAAUGAAUGGAAAAUACAAAUUUUGUUUCUUAUGGUCAUGCGGUUGCGUGAUGAGCGAACGUGCUCUCAAAGAAAUCAAAAGUAUGUCGUGUCACAAAUGUCAACAACCCUUUAAAGAAGCAGACAUAGUUAUAUUAAAUGCUGAAAAUGAUGAUCUGGAACUCAUGAAGGAGCGUGCAGCAACUAGGAAAGUUAAUCAGAAGAAAGAGAAGAGGAAAUUAAGCAAUGAGGAACCAACAGAAGAGAAGAAAGUGGACGAAGUAGUUAAAAAGAAGAUAAAGAAGGAAGGCAAAGUAAUUCCUAAGCUCAGUACUGAUCAAGCUGAAGCUAAUGAUCCUGCUUAUAGAAAAGCUAAAGGCGAUUACAGCAUUGCGAAAGAUCCUAAGGCAUCAGAAGUUUUCAAAAGCAUCUUUACCUCUCAUACAUCUGCUGCAAAACAAGACAGAGCACAUUGGGUUACUUAUAAUCCAUUUUAUAACUGAUUAUAUAUAUAUAUAUAUAUAUAUAUAUAUAUAUAUAUA